UUCAGUGUCCAUGCGUUACAUUCGACCUCCCCAACAUGGCCACCACGUAGGCACGUCGGUUAGCCGGGCUGCUACAGCGUAGUGGCAUAGCUAUUGUUCGUAUCUAUUAACGUUCCUAUCUGUCAAGAACAUGCGUGUAAAUCAAAAUCAUAGAGAUAUGUAACCAUGUUAUAUAAGAUAUCCAUGUUCCUAAUAACGCCGUGCUGGCGCACCUCGACUUCGUAUCUAUGGGAAUUCCUAAUGACGCGCCUGUUAAGCGCAAUAGUGACGACUUUAAGGAGCGACAGUUGUGGUAGGCAGGGGCGUGUCGCGUAAGUGACGCUAAAGUUGGCGCGGGGAGCCGUGGCGAGCUGUCACAAAUCAAACUCCCUUAACGGACCAUUUUCUGAACGCUCAAACGUGGCGCUGCAAGCAAAAGCCUCAAACGAGCCACUAGAUGGCAAAUGACAAGUAAACGAUCAAUCCCAGACUGCGUUUAUCAAUUGGAGCGUGUCCUGCGUCGCCUGAGACAAUGUCCAAUGGCAAGAUCAUCGCCCGCACUCCUUUGGCCGUUGACUUCUGGCAUGUUCGCAGAAGUCCAGAGAGCAGACUCUUCUUCCUAUCGCACAUGCACAGCGAUCACACGGUGGGCCUGACGUCCACAUGGGCGAACCGACCCAUCUACUGCUCCCCGGUCACCGCCUCGCUGCUCCACGUCAGGCUGCAGGUGAAGGAGAAGUGGAUCCACCCUUUGGAGCUGGGCGAGUCAUACCUCCUCCCUCUGGAUGACAUUGGCAAAGAAAACAUGACGGUCACACUGAUUGACGCCAACCACUGCCCAGGCGCCGUCAUGUUCCUCUUUGAGGGCUACUUUGGCACCAUACUAUAUACUGGUGCGUGUCUCUCUCAGCACAGUAGGAAUGAAACGGUUUACGGCGACUUCAGAUAUUCCCCGUCAAUGCUGCGCGAGCUGUGCCUGGCGACCAGUGCCACCAUCGAUGUCCUGUACUUGGACAACACCAACUGUGACCCCAACCGCAGUAUCCCCUCAAGAAAGCAAGCUACUCAGCAGAUAAAGGAAAUCCUCCGGAGCCACCCAGACCAUAACGCUGUCUUAGGUCUGUAUGCCCUGGGCAAGGAGUCUCUAUUGGUGGAGCUAGCUAUGGAGUUUCAAACCUGGAUCGAGGUGAGCUUUGACAGAAUGGAGACCCUCCGAUUGCUCGGGCUGCCCGACGUCUUCACCACCGAGCCGGGCGCCGGUCGUAUCCGUGUUGUGGAACAAAGAGAGAUCACCUUCGCCGCCCUGUGCCAGUGGAAUAGUGAACAACCCACGUUGGCCAUUUAUCCUACCAGCAGGCCCCUCCCCCUCUUCCACCCCAAAGUCUAUGUGGUGCCCUACUCAGACCACUCAUCUUAUCAAGAGCUGGGGGACUUUGUAUCUGGACUCAAACCUUCCUCCCUGGUGCCGAUUGUUGGUAACGGUAUCCCGGGAAGCCUCUCCACCUUAUCACCGAGCAAAAGGCACGAAUUCCUGUUGCCAGAGUCGGUGCAACAGUACAUGAGGAGGCUGCCGGAAAACUGGCACAAAUCAUCCGCCAACCUUCAACGGCAACAUUUCCGACCGCUUGUGCCUAAAGGAGUGGUGUUUGACUCUCCUGGGAGUUUAAGCAAGAAGCCCAGGGAGUGUCUGGGUCAGGGUUCUUCUUCGGAAGAGGAGGAAGAGAUGGACACAGAGAGUGUUGAUUGCAUUCUCGUCGAAUCCAGUAAGAAGGUCACCCCUUACAAAAGCCGCAGAGACUCCCUGGACACGUGGAGGGUCAACUUCGUGCACACUGUCCCGGAGGAGAUGUUGACGGCGCAGUCGGUGCCGUUCAGUCAACUCAGCCAGAGCAACUUCGGCCCCGUGGAGAUCCUGCGGAACGCAGACGUUUGCCUAAGGCCGUGGCGGCGUACCAUCGAAGAGGCGGAGGAGGACAACGACGACUUGAGCAUUUCUGACAGUGACUCUUUACUCCUCUAUAGUUUCCAUGAUUCUGACAAUUCGUCCGGUUCGGUGCAGUGUUCUGAGGCUCACAUAGAACAGCUUGAAAACAACAUCUUGAAGCGUCUGGUUUUCUCAGCGGAGGACUUGAAGCCGUGCUGCCUCCUGAAGGAGAGGGCUGCGCAAAUGGUUGCUCUUUGUCCUGAACGCAAGCCAAACAUGGCCUAAACGUAUUAGAGCUGUUAACCCUAGUGCACUUUUUCUCCAACCUUUACUGAGCCAAGGCACACGUUUUACAUCGUAAAAAUCCCACAUGGCACACCACCAAACAAACAUGUCACAAAAGGUAUCUAUGAAAGAAAAACUCACAAUGAUCACUAAAAUAACUUGACAGUCACAAAAGUAAUAAUCAAUAAAAAUGAUGCAAAUGAAAAUCA